AAUCAUCAUCACCCCAACAAGAUAAACACCAAAAAGAAUACCAAAAAAAUCAUCAACUCUUCACGCCUCAAAAUCUUCUUCUUCCUCCUCCACCUCCCCCCAAACUCCCACUUACCAACUUUUCAAUCAUCUUCUUCUUCUUCUUCCUAUAAACCCACUUCAAAUUCACCUCUAAUUCUCUCUCGAAACAUCAAUCAAAGGGGAAAAUGUGGGGAUUUGGGGGCAGAUUCUACUGGGGGAAUUUGAAGAAACAAGAAAAAGAUCGAACAAACAAAGGAAUUGUGGUUGUUUUCGCAUGGAUGUCGAGUCAAGAUAAACAUCUGAACAACUAUAUUGAUCUUUAUUCAUCUUUUGGUUGGGAUUCUCUUGUUUGCCAUAGCCAAUUUCUUAAUCUGUUCUUCCCUGACAAGGCAACAACGUUGGCCAUGGACAUUCUAAAUGAACUUGUUAAGGAGCUAAAAAAAAGACCUUGCCCAGUUGUGUUUGCGUCUUUUUCUGGUGGUCCCAAAGCUUGCAUGUACAAAGCUUUGCAGAUAAUGGACUCCAAGUAUGAAUCUCAUGGAAAUCUGGAUGAAUACCGACUUGUUAGAGACUGUCUUUCGGGACUCAUAUUCGAUUCAUCUCCCGUCGAUUUCACAAGUGAUUUGGGCACCCGAUUUGUACUUGACCCGAGCAUUCUUAAACUGUCCCGUCCUCCCAAAAUCGCAACGUUAAUAGCAAACGGUAUCUCAUCUAGCCUUGAUGCUCUAUUCCUUACUAGAUUUGAGUCGCAACGCGCGGAAUACUGGCAGACGUUGUACGCAUCCGUUGGCAUGGGAGCACCGUAUUUAAUACUUUGCUCAGAAAAUGACAAUCUUGCCCCUUAUCAAAUCAUAUGCAACUUCGCUCAACGAUUAGAAAGUCUUGGCGGCGAUGUUAAAUUGGUAAAAUGGACUAGCUCCCCUCAUGUAGGUCAUUAUCGCCUUCAUCCAGACGAGUAUAAAUCUGCUGUGACCGAGCUUCUAACAAAGGCUGUACAUGUUUACUCAACAAGAACUCUACGGGUUAGUGGGUCCCACAACCAGCCGUCAGAACCGUUAAAUCAUCUGAGGGAAGCGGUUUCUAGUUCAAACCAAUACCAAAGCUUCCAUAGAAUCACUCUUGAUUUAAACGACCACUUUGUGGUCCCCGGCUCAGUCGAGUACCAUGAAGGUCAAGACGUGGGGUCCGUUCAUGAUGCAUCUAAAGAACGCUUCAUCCCACGGUCAACCCCACCGAAAGUCAACGCUCAUGGGAUUCUUGGUCAAAUCCUGUUUGAUGUUUGUGUCCCCAAGAAUGUUGAAGAUUGGGACUUAAGGUCUUCUUCUUCUUCGUCUUCCUCGUACACGUUUGCUUCGGGUCGGAGACCUUCGCAUUUCAAUCCGAUGAAAUGCAUCCGAAGAUCGAGAUUGUAAUGUAAAUUUUGAUGUUUAAUAAAGGUGGAAGAGGGGGUUUGAAUAAUAUGAAAUGUACAUAACAUGUACAUAUAUGCAAGUUGUUGACUUUCUUUAAGCUAAUAAUAUUAUGGAAGUUUUGAUGA